UCGUACGUGUGAAUGUGUGUGAGUUGGAUUGUGUGCUUGAGAGGUGCAAAUCAAAACAAUAACAAGAAGUUAGAAAUAAACGACUCGAAAAUACGAUUAAUUUAGUGGAUAUCUUCGUCAAUGGCAAAUUACAUAAUAACCCAAAACAAUGGCUCAGCUGCCUGAACAUUUUGACCCACACUUAAUUUGGAUUCGUAAUUUUCCAUCCGAUUUCUUAGCAUCAGAAAUUCAGGAAUUUGUCGACAUAUGUUUGACGAAUACCACAGCUACCGUUGUAUCGAUUACCAACAAUAAGUCUGCGUUAAUUCGCUUUUCGACUACUUUGGAACCCAAACACUACAUUAGGGAACUACAUCAGAGACCGGUUAAAGAUCGUCUGUUGUCGGUGUCUUAUGCCAAGAAAUUAUCAGCAAGCAAUUCCACCAAUGCUGUUCCCAGCAGUUCGUCAUCAAAGACGGAAAUAAAACAUAACUUCAGUGAAUUUUUAAGGAAACUAAACGCCACGGACUCACUAUUCGAACAGCCACCGCCGCCUUAUUUGCGAUACGUUUAUCCCAAAGCGAACAGAGACAUUUUGGAUGCAGUUAGUAUAACCUUGGAAACGAACCCGAAACUCUAUACGCAAGUGUUGCACCUUAUGAACCGCAUGAACCUGGAACCGCCAUUCAUUGUUGGAUCCAAAAACCUCGUAUGGCCAUCGUCAAAGACUGAGACACGCAGAGAGGAUGUGGUGCUACAGGAUGCAUUCACACAAACCGAUCGGAUAACCAAUAAAUUGAUCGGAUCGGAUGAGUCGGAAUUGGAAUCGGAAGCAUCGGAUGCAGAAUCACCAACGAAAAUGCAAACGAGAAAAAGGCAUGCAGCUGAGAAACUGCCGAAUCCGAAACGAAUUCGUUCCAUGCUUCAGUCAGUUCAAAACGGGUACACCAACAAAUUGAAUGGACAAACGGUAACACCGGUGACAGUAAUUAAAGACGCCUUUGAAGUCAGUAAAAAUGUAAUCGAUCGAUCGAUUGUAAUAAACGCUCCAACCGAUCUGACUGCCACGGAAACAUCUGUAAACCUGGUAGUCGGAAGCAUUAAUGCUUUUCAAACGAAUCAAACGGAUCAGGAAAUGGAUCCAUCGAGUUGCAUUGCAGAUGCAUUACAAAAUCGCCUUUCUGCGGACCAAUUGAACUCUCAUCCACUGUUUCAGAACUACAAUCCUGGUGCACCGAGCAAUAAGCUUUACUUGAAAAAUUUGGCUAAAGAUGUCGACGAAGACGAUCUGAAGGGAAUUUAUUCCCAAUUCACAAAGCCCGGUCAAAGUCUCGAUAUUCGGUUAAUGAAAACGGGUCGAAUGAAGGGACAAGCAUUUGUUUGCUUCAACGAUCCAUAUAUGGAUGAAGAGAGCGGGUAUUCAUCGGUGGAAAAAGCUUUAAGAAAGACAAAUGGACUAAUUCUGAAAGACAAAGUGAUUGUUGUAACGUACGGUAAGAAAUAAAGUUUUAAAAAA